GUUGAGGCUAGGGCAUGAGGGAAGGAAUGAGGAUUGUGAGGCUCGGAUAAGGUUGAGGUUGGUUUUGGAGCCUACUUCGAUGGACUGUCCUGCCCAGUGUCCUGCCUAGUUUCAGACCGAGUAGGACAGCUUGGGUGGAAAUGUUGUGCACUUGGCUUUUGGAGGACAGAAAAAUGAAGGCGUCAUGGGCAGUAAUAAUUAUGAUAAUGAAAAUUAUUUUUGAGGCUUAGUUUUCAACCAGAGUAAUCACUGAAACUGCCGGUUUCUCAAGUUCCUCUUUGGGACUCCAAACUUGGAGAUGGUCCCUCUCAUGGAGGUUUUUUGGGGGGGGGGGGGGCUACGACCGCCUAUGUUUGUUUUCUGUCCACUGCUUCUGGGCAGCCUUACUCCGAUGCUGCUCCUCACCUGUGCUUAGCUGUGGGGCUCUUAUGGUUGUCAUCUAAAUUGGCCUAACCAUUUUCAGUUGCUAAUUCUACUUUCAUGAGAGUCACAUGGUUUGUUACAUACAACACUAUAUUUAGGCUCUCAAACAGAAUGGCUUUGCUCUCAGUUUCUUAGUUUAAAAAAAUUCCACUUUAUUGAGGUAAAUUCAUAUACAAUAAACUGCUCAUAUUUAAAAUGUGCAUAAGUUUCGCCAUAUGUUUACAUCUGUGAAACCAUCACCACUUUCAAGAUACUGAACAUUUCUACUGCCCCCAGAAGUUUUCUCCUAUCCCUUUGCAACUCAUUCCUCUGUCCAUGACACAUUUUUGGGUUUACUUUAUUAGUAUUUUGCAGGUCCCUUUCUCCCUGCCAACCCACACUCACACGAACAUUUUAAAAGUUCUAGACAGUUGGGUUGGCACUCAGUUAUAAUGGACCCUUCACUUUCCCACCACUAAAUUUUCCUCUCUAGUGACAGUCGACCACAGAGCCCAGAUACUUUCCCCCAACCUCUGGGAGAUUUAGGCCAUUCCUAUCCAGACUGUUCUCUUGAGAAUUAGGGGCAGCCCAAGCCCAAGUUGCCAUUCUGUUCUAGAGGCUCAGCCUCAGGACCAACUGUUCGGACCCAUGGUAUGUUUUCAUUGCUUCUCUCUGGAGGCCAAACAUUUUCAUGCUACUGGAACCUUGACCACCUACUCUGAUGGGCAGAACCCUGUAGAACCGACAUGUAUCAUAACAGGGUUUGGAGCAGUGAUUCCUAAACACUGGGCCAAGGAUAGUGCCAGUUCAUGGUAAAGAUUUCAUCCAUCCAAGGAGGAAGGAAAGAUAACAUAUGAAACAUGAGUUUUUCAUAAAGAUAAGUUCAUUCUGAGAUUAUUCUUUUAGUGUUAAAGUGCUUUCUGACUGAUGAAAUAAUGGUGACAGUAGAUGGUGGGUUUUAAAGAAAUGGUCUUAUUUGCCAAAAUAAGUAACAAGCCUAUUUUUAAAAUUUUUUAGAAAUUAUUUUUAAUAGUUCCUGAAAUGGAGAAAUUUAGAGUGAUGAAGGCGUGGCUGUUGUUAUUAUGGUUGAGAAAGCCUGUGUUUAGACUAAUUCUGGAUAACUUCUGACAUUUGAACAGCAUUCAUUCAGUCUCACAUUUCACUGGGUUUACAUACUUUGUGAAGUAUAGAUGAUGGAUCAGAUUCAUAAAUCAGAGGUCACAUAGUGAUAAAGUGGCAAAGCUGAACCCAAACUUUGGUUUCCUGAGAGUGGGUGACUUGGGGAAAGAAGGUUUGUAGCAGAGAGUGAGAGCCAUGUGGACUAAAUGGCACCUUAGGUAUGGGAAGAGUUGUGAUGAUGACUUACUUGGAGGACAUUAUACUGGCAAAAAGCAAUUUUUAUGAUUUGUAAUUAAUGUGGUUCCAAAAGAGUUAAAGAGACUUUGAGGGUGACAUAGAGAUGAAGGUUCUGUUUAAUAUUGUGUCAAUGACACGGGAACAGGUAUACUUAACACCUGGAUCACACUGUGAUAGUGGUAGGAUGAGUCAAGUCGUCAGAGCAUUCUUAGGGACUGUCCAAAUUCUUGGGUGUUCUGGAGAAAGCACUGGGUUUGGUAAGCUACAUUGAACUGUGUUGAAAUAGUAGUGCAGGAAGUAAAAUGGAUUUUGACUUAGACAUACAGCCCAGUGGUAGAUCUCAGAAGAAGUAACAUAGAGGGUAGUGAUGUAUAGAUAGAAACAUGUUUGGAGUGCUGUAUGUAACCAUUUUUUCCACAUCUGCUAUACACCAGGCACUCUGCUAAGUGCUGGGAGAGCAAGUUCAUUCAUUCAUAUAUUAAUUCAUUUAUUCAUUCAGCACAUACUUUUUCAGUAUGUAGUCUGUCAUUGUGAAGUUUACAUUUUAUGAGAUAACAAGAUAAAUAAGACACGGUCCUCUGAGGUCUCAAGGAAUUCUCAGUCAGGUUGGGAGAGGUAGAUACAUGGGAAGAUGAUUUCAAUUUAGUGAGAGAGAGUGAAAUGCAAAAGCAUAUCAUGGGGAUAUAGUCUCUCCCUGUGUCAUAUAUAUUCCAUGGUGUACCAUAUAUCUGCACAGGUAUUACAGAUUUAUACAUCCAAAACAGCACUCAGUGUCUUUGCUCUGAGAGUGUGCUGUUGUAUCACAUGCCCUGUCUCAGUCCAGGCAAGGACUUCAGUGUCCUCUUCAUUCUUUCCACUCCUUAACCCCCUGUUAUUUAAUCACUCACCAAAAUCUUAAUAUGUUUCCCUCUAAAUUAUUUUCCUCUUCAUCUCCAUGGCUACAUCUUAACUGUUAAAGCUUUAGUUUACUUCUUCCUCCUCUCUCAUCUGGAUUCCCUCCCAUCCCCCCAACAGUCUCCUGCCUUCAGACUUGCUCUUUUCUAGUCUGUCCCUAGAAUGGCCUUUCUAAAAAUACAAACGUAAUCAUGGAGCUCCUCUGCUUAAAAACUUUUGGCUCUUUGUGUUCUGUAGGACAACAUCCAAAUUCCUUAAUAUGGCAUCAUUUGGCCUCAACUCACCUCUCCAGCCUCAUCCCCUGCCACUCCCUACUUUGUGUUCUAGCUUGAAUAAAUUGUUCACAGUUCCCUAACAAACAUGUUACUUUUUUGAGCCUUGAGAUCUUUGUAAUAGCUGUUUCCCUUACUAAGAAUACUUUUUCUUCUCUGCCCAGUGAACUUUCCUUGUUCUUUAGGAUCUAGUUCAUUCUCUCCUCCUCUUUUUGACAUCUUCUUUGUCAUCAUCACCCAAGAGGGGUGGAGAAAGAGCCGUGUGUGACGUGGAGAUUCACUGCUGUAAAGGGGAGUCACCGUGUUUGAGGUUCACGUUGUGUAAAGGCUGUGCUGGAGUCAGGUGUUGCAGGUAUAUCCCUGCUCUCAGCUCCCUCCCUCUCUUGCCUCUCCCAGGGCAAAGGUUCAUAAGGAAGGCUGAACCACUUCCUGCCCUGUGCCUGCUAUUCUGAGGUUGGUGGAUACCCUUGCUGAAAGUGCCUGUAAGGCUGUAUUUUGUGCUGUAAGAUUUGCAGGUCUGGACUGGGCAGUGACCUCUGGGCUCACUUCUCCAGCCUGGUGUAUCCUUUGGCUCCAUGGCCAGCUACUGGCUCCUGCAGGCCGGAUGAAGCAGACUAGAGACACAAGUGGAGAAAGCCUCCGGCUGGCAGACUCUCAGAGUGUGGCCCUCUGGCCGCUGGCCCUGCCCAGCCUGCCUCAUGGAGAGGAUGAACUGGCUGAGCAGACUGGCCUCCCGGGGCCCUGGGCACCGUGUCCCUCAGGGGGCCAGUCUGCAGACCCCCGUCAUGGCUGACCCUGAGACCUGCCUCAUGGUCUUCAAGAAUCACUGGUCCCAGGCGGUGCGAAUCCUGGAGCGGCAAGGUCCUCGGGCAGCUCCUGGGGGGGCAGAUGAUCUCAGUGCUGUGCGCAACCACACUUACCAGAUGUUGACACUGCUGGUGGAAGAUCGUGCUGUCCCCUCAGCCCCCACGGCCCCUGGGCCCUUGCUGGAGUUUGCUCUGCGUGAGGACCUGCUAACCCGUGUGUUGGUGUGGCAGCUUCAGUGGGAUGAGCUUGGGGACGGGGUUGAGGAGCGGCGAGCUGAGCAACUGAAGCUGUUUGAGAUGCUAGUGAGCGAAGCUCGCCAGCCGCUGUUGCGACAUGGACCGGUUCGUGAGGCUCUGCUGACCUUGCUGGAUGCCUGUGGCCGCCCUGUGCCCAGUAGCCCAGCACUAGAUGAAGGCCUGGUGCUACUUCUCAGCCAGCUGUGUGUGUGUCUGGCCCGGGAGCCUUCAUUGCUGGAGUUCUUCCUACAGCCACCUCCUGAGCCUGGAGCUGCCCCCCGUCUUCUCCUCUUUUCUCGCCUCGUUCCCUUUGUCCAUCGAGAGGGCGCACUGGGCCAGCAGGCUCGUGACGCCCUACUCCUGCUCAUGGCUCUGUCAGCUGGGAGUCCCACUGUGGGCCGCUACAUUGCAGAUCACUCUUACUUCUGCCCGGUGCUGGCCACAGGGCUGAGUGCCCUGUAUUCCUCACUGCCCCGAAAGAUUGAGGUUCCAGGGGAUGAUUGGCACUGCCUGCGACGGGAGGACUGGCUAGGCGUGCCAGCCCUUGCGCUGUUCAUGAGUUCCCUAGAAUUCUGCAAUGCAGUCAUUCAGGUGGCUCACCCUUUGGUGCAGAAGCAGCUAGUUGAUUAUAUCCAUAAUGGGUUUCUGGUGCCUGUCAUGGGCCCUGCCCUGCACAAGACCUCUGUGGAGGAGAUGAUCGCCAGUACCGCCUAUCUGGAACUUUUCCUACGGAGUAUCUCAGAGCCUGCUUUGCUCCGUACCUUCCUGCGAUUCCUGCUGUUACACCGGCAUGACACCCACACCAUCCUUGACACCCUCGUUGCCCGUAUUGGCAGCAACUCCCGGCUCUGCAUGGUCUCUCUGAGUCUCUUCAGGACCCUACUGAACCUCAGUUGUGAGGAUGUCCUGCUGCAGCUGGUUCUCAGGUAUCUUGUCCCAUGUAACCAUGUGAUGCUGAGCCAGAAGCCAGCUGUACGUGAUGUGGACCUAUAUGGACGGGCAGCAGACAAGUUUCUCUCCCUAAUCCCACGCUGUUGUCGGCAUCGUGCCCCUAGCCCACCCCAUCCAGAGCAUGCCUCAUGGGCACGAGGUGGGCCUAGCAGAGAGGCAGGGAGAAGGGAGGACACCACGGGCCCUGGAAGCCCAAGUGUUGACUCCUCUUCUGUGGUGACAGUGUCCCGGCCCUCCACACCAUCUCGACUGGCCUUCUUCCUGCGACAGCAGAGUCUGGGUGGCUCGGAAUCCCCAGUUCCAGCCCCUCGCUCACCAGGGCUUGCUGCAUCCCCAGCCUCCAGCCCUGGCCGAAGGCCCAGCCCUGUGGAGGAGCCUGGUGAGCUGGAAGACAAUUACCUGGAGUAUCUGCGUGAGGCACGCCGUGGUGUGGACCGGUGUGUCCGAGCCUGCUGUACCUGGUCUGCCCCCUAUGAUGGCGAGCGGCCCCCUCCUGAGCCCAGUCCUGUUGGCUCCCGGACUAAGAAACGCAGCCUACUGCCUGAGGAGGACAGGGACAAUGUGGGGGAAGGGGAGGAGGAAGAGCUGGGGAGUGGGGGGCUUGCUGGGGGUGCAGGGGAGGGCCCUGGCCUCCUGCCCCCUCCCCAGCUCAAUGGGGUGCCAGGACCAUGGCCUGAGGGGGCCAAGAAGGUUCGUCGGGUGCCUCAGGAGGGAGCUGGGGAACUGCCAGAGGGCACUUCCGAGGGCAUGGCAGGACUAGAGGGCUUUGGGCAGGAGCUCCGGGAACUUGAGGUGGCAUUGAGCAAUGGGGGGGCUGGCUCAGAACCCCUGCUAGAGCCUCCACUACCUCUUGAGGAGGAGGAGGCCUAUGAGAGCUUCACCUGUCCCCCCGAGCCCCCUGGCCCCUUCCUCAGCAGCCCUUUGCGGACUCUCAACCAGCUGCCAAGCCAGCCCUUCACUGGCCCCUUCAUGGCUGUGCUCUUUGCCAAACUCGAGAACAUGCUGCAGAACUCCGUCUAUGUCAACUUCCUGCUGACGGGGCUGGUGGCCCAGCUGGCCUGUCACCCCCAGCCCCUGCUCCGCUCUUUCCUGCUCAACACCAACAUGGUCUUCCAGCCCAGUGUCAAGUCCCUGCUGCAGGUGCUGGGUUCUGUGAAGAAUAAAAUUGAGAGCUUUGCGGCCUCCCAGGAGGACUUCCCAGCACUGCUAUCCAAAGCCAAGAAGUACCUCAUUGCCCGUGGCAAGUUGGACUGGGCCGAGGGCCCUGCAGCAGGACCUGCCCCCCGCCGCUCCGAUCCCCUAGUGAAGAGCCGGAGGCCGUCCUUGGGGGAGUUGCUCCUGCGGCACGCGCACAGUCCAACCAGGGCCCGGCAGGCGGCACAGGUGGUUCUUCAGCCUGGGAGAGACGGCGCAGGACUUGGCCUGGGGGGGGGCUCCCCAGGGGCUUCAACUCCGGUUCUGCCCCCUCGGGGUGGGGCCCCUGAGCGCCAAGGAGACUUCGGGAGCCACGGGGAUGAGAAAGGAAGCUAUUCACCAUCAACCACUGGGUACGAUUCUGCUCCAACGACACAUAUCCUAAAUCACACUAUGCAAGAUAAUGUAAUAAAAAAUGGGGCUUGCGGGAAGGGUGGCAUUAGGGUACAACGUUCAAAAACUUUGUCAGUGACACAUUUAAAAAAAGGAUAGGACCCUAAUAAAAAUGGUGGCACCGUUUUACACACGUUAACUGGUUAGAAAGUGCAUAAAUACACCAAUAAAUAUGACACGUUACCUUGAAAAAGACCUGGAGUUUUCCUUGUUAGAGGCAGUGGGUGAAUAAUGGAGAAGCGGUGGAAGGGGAGACUACGGUAGUCCCCCUUAUCUCUGGUUUCGCUUCUGCAGUUUCAAUUGCCUGCUGCCCUCAACCACUGUCGGGAAGCAGACAAUCCCCUUUCUGAUGAAUCGUCAGAAGGUCAAUCGUAGCCUAACGCUACCUCACAACCCUGCGUCAUUCCCCUCACUUCACGUCCUCGCUAGGCAUUUUAUCCUUUCAAAUCAUCACGGAAAGAAGGGUGAGUAUAAUGCAGUAGGAUAUUUUGAGAGAGGGAGACCACGUUCACAUAACUUUUAUUACAGCAUACUGUUACCAUUAUUCUUACUAUCAGUUACCGUGAGUCUCUUGCUAUGCCUGAUUUAUAAAUUACACUUUAUCACAGACAUGUAUGUAUAGGAAGACACUGGUACAGGCAUACCUCAUUUGAUUGCACUUUAUCUGAUUGCGCUUCACAGAUAAUGUGUUUUUUACAAAUUGAAGAUUCGUGGCAACCCUGCCUCUAGCAAGUCUGUCGGUGCCAUUUUCCCAACAGCACUUGUUCGUGUCUGUGUCACAUUUUG